UAACGAAUAACAAAAACUGAAAAUGCAUACAGUGACAGAUACAGCAUCAUUAUCAAUAAAAUUCAGCCACAUAAGAAUCGGAUUCUUCUAGUUUUAGACGGUAACAGAAAUUAAGAGUUAGAAAGUUGCAGGAAGUAAGUUUAAGCCGUGAGCUGUAUUAUCGUAUCACACACAUGGCUUUCAAAGAUCUGUAUCAUGAUUCCCUUGUUCCUAUAUUGCCUGCUUUUGGAAAAUGAAGAGGCACUGCCAAGAAGUCAAGAACUAUCUGAAGUCCGUCCGAACGGCGAAGAGAAAUGUCAAUCUCAGCUGAUACAGGUUCAAUUUCGGAGAAGAACUAUCCAAACGGCGAAGGAAAUCAAGGAAUCAGAUGAGAUAUGGAGAUAAGGAGAAAAAGGACAGAAGAAGCUUAAAAUGCAGAGAAGGAAAAAAGGAAAGACAAUCACAAUUUCCCCCACUAAAUUUUGUGAGAAGGAAGAAAAGAUGAAGGCUUCGGUUGAAGUUGAACAAGAAGGGGCUUCGAGGAUUCCAGCACAAGAAAACAGCAACAGCAGCAAGAAGAAGAGCAGCAUAGUGAAGCAGGACAGAUUGAGCCACUUGCCAGAUGAAGUGAUCCAUCGCAUACUUUCCUCUCUGGACGCAAAAAUAGCAGUUCAAACAAGUGUUCUAAGCAUGCGAUGGAGGUACCUUUGGACUUCCCUCCAAGUCCUCAAUUUCCACGACAUGUCCUUCGAUGAUCCUGUCCUUUUCCAGUGUUUCGUGGAGCACGUGUUGUCCCGCAGAGACUCUUCCACCAAUCUCAACAUGCUUCAACUUGUGUGCCACGAUGAACUAGAUGAUGGGUACAUCGUAGAUUCCAUCAUUGACUAUGUUAUACUAACGGGGAUUCAGGUUCUGAGCAUCCUUGCUGAAUGUGUUGUAGGGAAGUUACCUCAGCUCUAUGCUUGUCACUCCCUCACCACCCUCAAGCUGGCAGACAUAGCAACUGAGACCACAACGUUUGAUUUUGUUUCUUUGAAACAUUUGUAUCUUUCUGAUUGCCGGUUCGAGUGCGGGGUUGAAGAGCUUCUUGAUCCUUUCGGUGGUUGUACCAAUUUGAGAUGUCUGUUUCUACAUGGUUGUCAAUACUAUGGCAAAAUUGAGAGUUUUAAAAUAUAUGCUCCUCAACUCACUGACUUGAGCAUAUCGCGUAUGAGAGUGGAUCAAGUGUUUGAUUCAGACUGUGUGAUUGAGCUUUUUACGCCAAGGCUCCAAUCUUUUAGCUAUCGUGACUUUAGGUAUCUUUAUGAUUUUUCCAUUAAGGUGAACCUUCCCUUUGUGGAGAAAGUGGAUAUUGAUCUAGGCAGUUUUGAUCUCUCUGAUGAAUUGAACGAGGCCACUAAUUUGUCUCUUCAGCUAAUUGAAUUGUUUGAAGUGAUGGGGAGUGUAAAGUUUCUAUCCUUAUCAAGGGGUUCUGUCUAUGUUUCCUGCUUUAUUGGAUGGUCUGUCUUCUCCUUUCACAAGAGUGCGGACUUUUGAGUUAAAAAUGGAUAGACCUUCCCCUGUUUCCAUAUCUACCAAUGUCGUGGCCUACUUAUUUGGUGGAUCUCCUGAGUUUCAUUGCUAUUGAUGGGAAGGUAUGAAAAGGGUAUACAAUAAGGAUUUGGAUCCUCUCCUCGUUCUUAAAUAAAAGUAUAGGGUCUUGUUGAGAAGAGAAAGACACAAUUUUUAUCAUGCAAGGACCAAUAUAGUAUUCACCAGUUGCUAUGUGCAACAUUCAGAGGAAGGUCUAUAUCGCUAUCCUUAUCUUGCAUUUGCAGGAGAUUAAUUAUAUGAAUUAAAUUUGAGACCUUUCGGUCAACAUAGUGGCAAUACCAACGGCUGUGCUACGAUUUCCCUUUGGGUCUAUAGUGUUCACCAAUUAUAUUAAAAAAAAAAAGCUACAUGUUUUUCUCUCUAUUUCAAGACUGUAUCCUGUUAUUGGAAAUUAGGAGAGGAUACGAGUCCAUAUAAUACACCUUAUAUAGCUUUUUUCUCUGCACUUAUAAUGAAUUCAGAACACUGGCGUAGCUUUAUGGAAAUGCAUAUGUUUCUUUCUGAGGUCUAAAUUACUUGAAAAGCAAAAACUC